AAACAGAGGAAGUGAGUCUGUCAGUUAGUUGCAGCAUGGAGUCCGUUCAGCUGCUGGUUCUGGUUCUGAUGUGGAAACUGUCCUCCGCAUCUGUCCUUCAGAACCAAACAAAGACCCGGUUCUCCCCUCUCUUACCGCCGACCCAGACCCGGUUCUCCCUGCCGGUUCUGCUGCAUGUCUCCUCGGUGUUUCGGCGGGUGGAGCGGCGCUUCCUGUCCGUCACCAUCGACUCCAGCCUGGCUUCAGAGGAGAAGUUCAUGUCGCUGCUGGGCUCUCCAAAGGUCCGGACUCUAGCUAAAGCUCUGAGUCCAGCGUUCCUCCGGUUCGGGGGAACGAGGCAAGACUUCAUGGAGUUCAGCCCGAUCCGCCGGGACGCUUCUUCCUCUGCAGAGAAGUCCUGCUCUGCCCGGCUGCUGCCCUCCUGGCUGGAGCAGCGUCUGAAGAAGGAGUGGAGCCGACAACAAAUCCUCCUGAAGAGGGAAGAUCUGCAAAGGAAGUACAAGAGGGUCAAGUUCACAGAGUUCACGGUGGACCUGCUGCACUCCUUCUCUAACUGCUCCGGUCUGGAUCUGAUCUUCGGGCUGAACGCUCUCCUCAGAACCUCAGAGAACAUCUGGAACGGCAGCAACGCUCGAUCUCUGCUGCAGUACUGCGAGUCCAGAGGGUACCAGAUGGACUGGGAGCUGGGCAACGAGCCCAACAGCUAUGAGAAGAAAGCCGGGGUGCGCGUGGACGGGUUUCAGCUGGGAGAGGACUUCGCCCAUCUCAGAGAGAUGAUGUCACAGUCAAAACUUUAUCGACACGCUGGGCUUUACGGUCCAGACGUUGGUCAGCCUCGAAAUCACCGGACCGACAUCCUGCAGGGGUGAGA